ACAAAAAGGCCGGGUGCAUUUGCACAAGAUGGCUGACGAACAUUAUCUAGCCCAACCACAAAUUGGGAAGGUUUUUAGUAUCUCAGAUGCUAAUUUUGAAUCUAUUCUCGCUGACGACUGUACCUACACCGAUGCCAUUCUAGCAUGCUCAGCAGAGACCGGAAUUGUUGGGAAAGGAAUGAUCGUAUACUGUCAAAAUCCAAACAUAGCUGGACCAACGGCGAAAUCAACAUUGAUGAAUGUGUCUCCGAGGGUGAUGGAAGAUGAUCAGAUUCAAGAGUUUACUAAACGUGGUGGAUUACAUGAGCAUGAUCAAAGUGAAUCGCGAUCGCUUCUGUUCCUUUCUACCGAGUCUUUCUUAUCUCGUCAUGAUCUUGCACCUGGUAGGUCGAUCCGGGUGGAUUCCGCCACGGCUCUUCCUUUGAGUAGAGUGAUAGUUCAAUGCUCGUCUGAAUACAGCCAUGAUUUGGUUGCGGAUAUUACGCGUUUCUUAUGCAUGAAAAGAAGAGUCAUCAGAGAGGACGACAGCCUUAAGUUUCGUUUUGAAUCUUGUAAAAAAUACUUUAUCCUACGCGUGUUGCUUUGUGAACCUGUGAAACAAGGUGUUAUUGAUGAUGACACUAUAUUCGUGUGGAACAGAUCCGAUGGAAAAUAUGAGAGCGAAGAAGAAGAUAAUGAUGAAGAAGAUAAUCAAUUAGAUGACAUUUUGGAGAUCUCAUCGUUACUCCUUUCAGACUUUACAAGGCCCAUGUCUGUUCAACAAGAAGUGGGAAGUUUUCGUCUGAACAUUGAUACAAAGACAUGGAUUGAUACCUUUGCAUCAUCUAGAUAUCAUAGCAACAAUGAUAGACUGAUAGCUGAUGAUGUGAAUAGAGUUUAUGUUUCCAUGGCAACACUGAUGAGCUUGCAUAUGAUGAGUGGUAGUUGGGUUAAGAUAUGGAUAUGGGAUGGUAGUCCAAGUCAUAGUGCAGAUGAUGCUUGUCAAUCACUUGAUGCUCCUAAGAUGCAAAGUCAUAUUGUGCAACUAUUUGCAAGUAAUAUUAUCAGUGAUAAAUCUACAUGGUGGAAUAUCCAAAGGAAAACUUUGUGCAUUUCUCCUUUGUUGCACUUUAAUUUGAUAAAUGAUUCUACAAAACAAUCUGAAUCACACUGUUAUGUAAGCAUAGCUCCAAUCAGAACACCAGUUCCAGAGUCAUCAGUUGACCAAAAAGCUUCAAUGUUCGCCUCUGAAGUUGUUUUAUCUUUGGUUGUUACACCAAACAUAAAGAAAGAAGAGUCAUUCAACGCAGCUCUGGUAAGACACUUUACAACACCUAGACUUUUGACUACUGGUGAUGUGGUGGGCAUCAUAUGCUACUGGAAGGAUGAUCCUAGUGAUUCAAAUGAUGAACACAGGAGCCGUGUUGUGUACUUCAAAGUCACAAAACUGGUGUCCUCCAGUUUUGAAAAUGAAACCCUUUUUGUUGACACAGAGCACACCUCUCUUUAUCAGAAAGGGUUUGUACACAGUUUUGUCCCAGUUUUGAUGGAGCCUGUGUUACAAGGUGUUAAUCACUACAAGAGCUCUCUCAUUGUGCCAGGGCAUAAAACAUCCCAAGAAAAACUUGAAAAGAUAAUUCGACCUUACCUGAGCAAAAGGGUCAAUGGUCCUCCCUUUGUUCAGGUUCUUCUUACUGGCUUACCAGGGACAGGAAAAAGGGCCAUAUGUAUGGCCGUGAGCUCUCAGCUCAACCUGGCAGUUCAAGAGAUCAGCUGCUUUGAUCUGAUUGGCGACUCUGUUGCUGCUACAGAGACAAGAAUAAAAAACCUCUUUGUCAGAGCCAAUGAUUGUCGUCCCUGCAUUCUUCUACUGCGCCAUAUUCAUGCCAUUGGCAAAGACAAGGAAGGACAAGAAGAUGAACCACGAAUUGCAGCAACUUUACAAGACUGCACUGAAUUCAUCAAGGACCAAUCAGAUUGGCCUUUGGUUGUCAUAGCAACAUCAUCUCAGCCAGACUCAAUUUGUUCAGGGAUCUAUGCCUCUUUUCUUCAUGAGAUUAAGCUUGAAAGCCCAAGUGAACAGGAAAGGCUUUGCAUGCUGCAAGGGAUUUCUUCAGUGUACAGCCUUGCGCCUGAUGUCAACUUUGAGGUUCUUGCCAGGAGAACUGCAGGUUUUGUUCUUGCUGACUUUGCAGCUCUUUUUACAAGAGCCACUAGUAUUGCAUCUGCACGUGUGACCCAGUAUCUCACAGCAAAACUGCACCUCAACACAAAGACAGAAGAUCCAUCACAGCUCUUCACUAUUCAGCAGUGCAUUAAAUCAGCCUGCCGUUCAGGUGUCUCUAUCAAUUUCAAGGACUUCCAGGAAGCUCUUGAUGCUCUGCAGGCUUCUCAUGCAGAUGCCAUUGGAGCACCCAAGAUACCAGACAUUUCAUGGAAGGAUGUUGGUGGCCUGGAUAGUGUCAAGGAAGAGAUCCUGGACACCAUUCAGCUGCCGCUACUGCACCCAGAGCUGUUUGCAGCAGGAUUGAGAAGAUCAGGUGUGUUGCUGUAUGGACCACCUGGUACUGGCAAAACUCUGAUGGCAAAGGCAGUUGCAACAGAAUGCUCGUUAAACUUCCUCAGUGUUAAAGGCCCAGAACUCAUCAACAUGUACGUGGGACAGAGUGAGCAGAAUGUGCGGGAAGUGUUUUCUCGUGCCCAGGCAGCAAGUCCGUGCGUCAUCUUCUUUGAUGAACUGGAUUCGCUGGCUCCCAACAGGGGGAGGAGUGGGGACUCUGGCGGCGUGAUGGACAGGGUGGUCGCUCAGCUCUUGGCCGAGUUGGAUGGGCUCCACAGCACGUGUGACGUAUUUGUCAUCGGAGCAACUAACAGACCAGACCUUCUGGACCCCGCCUUACUCCGGCCUGGCCGCUUUGACAAGCUACUGUAUCUAGGGGUCAGUAAGGACCAUCACGCCCAGCUCAGCGUGCUCAAGGCUCUCACCAGAAAAUUCACUUUUUCAGCGGAUUUUCGGCUUGAGGAGUUUGCGAAUAAGCUGCCUCUCAACCUGACAGGAGCAGAUCUUUAUGCUAUGGCCAGCGAUGCUCUUCUUCAAGCCAUGCGCAGAAUUAUUCAAGAGACAGGUGGUAAUGCCGACGCUGCUGAAGAUGCUGUGAUUGAGGUAUGCCUUGCAGACUUUUGCGUGGCACUGCAAAACCUCACACCAUCAGUGUCCUUUCAAGAACUUGAGAGAUACAAGCAAAUAAAAAACACUUUGGAAUAAGCUUUACACCGAAGCUGCGCUUCGAAGACUCAAGAUAAAGAUAGAAGCAGAACAAAAAGUCAACUUUACAUUGAACAUUGGGGGAAGGGAGGGGGGCUGGUUUCUUUGGACACUCACAAUUCAAAAUACACUGCAUUUUCCAUCUUCGUUGAACGAGAUUACCUGCUUGUGGGGCCACGAUCAGUCCUGAAAGUUAUGCCGGCCAAACUUUUGGCUAGAAAUAUAGACCAACCCUUUUGUACCCAAUUUUUUUUCUUAAACAUUGAUAAAACUGAAUGCAUAAA